GCAUUUUCUGCUACGGCCUAACCUCUCGCAUCGAACGUCGCAACUGUUGAGAAAAACCCGCUGAGGAUGUCGGGAAUACUGUUCGAAGACAUCUUCAAUGUCAAAGAUAUGGAUCCGGAAGGCAAAAAGUUUGACCGCGUGAGUCGGCUGCAUUGCGAAUCUGAAUCAUUCAAAAUGGAUCUUAUAUUGGAUAUUAACUCGUGGCUGUAUCCUAUGGAGCUAGGUGACAAAUUUCGACUCGUCCUAGCAACAACCCUUCACGAAGACGGUACAGCUGCAAGUAUGGAGUACAAUGCUGCUGAAAUCGAGGGGUCUCGUGCCGAUAGUUUCGAGUACGUUAUGUUUGGAAAGGUGUACAGGAUCGAAGGCGACGACUCUCAAACCGAAUCAUCUAAUCGUUUGUCCGCUUAUGUUUCGUUCGGAGGUCUGUUAAUGCGGUUACAAGGCGACGCGAACAAUUUACACGGCUUCGAAAUUGAUCAGAAUAUGUUUUUGCUCAUGAAAAAGUUGGCAUUCUAGCUUUGCACUGCUGUUUAUACUAUGUUUUGAAAUAGAAG